AUUCAAUUACCCCGUAUCGCUGCCUUUCGUUCACGACCUCACGAGGUUACGCGCCCACAGCAACGGGUGUGUCUCCUGAGCCCGAGUCGUCGCCAUGCCGAACCAGUAUGGAAAAUUCCACGACUUCUGUCGCGACACCGGAAGUCAGCAUUCCACAUUACCAGUGUGUAACCUUUUCAGCCAAUCUCCUACACGCGGUGGAAACGGAUGGGGUGGAUGCGACUUGACGGGCAUAUCAUUGAGUGGAGAUAAAAACCUCGCAAAUUUGGGGUCUAUCAUCCUCUGUGGCAUUGCCAUCGUCAUAUCAGGGUUGCUGCUAUGGCGAUCGGAGCGUAAAAAGGCUGCCGUGGGACGCAGGGAGAUCCAAUUGUUCCUCAUCGGGUUUAUCAUCAUCGAAAUCUGCGAGAUCUUCACCGUUGGAGGUUUCCCAUUGAACGGGAGUGUGAGGAAGGCGUUCAGCGCCAUUCACAUUGCCGCAAUUGUCGCAACCCUCUGGAUUCUAAUGCUCAAUGGCAUAGUCGGCUACCAAUUGCUGGAUGACGGAACCCCCGUCUCUCUCGGCCUCAUUCUCGUCUCUGCCGCCAUCCUCUUCGUUGGGACAGGAUACAUUGCCCUGGACACCGGCUUCAGCUGGACUGGAUAUUGGGACGACACUCUGACUGGAUCGAACCAAGCUUAUGCGCUUUACACCCUCUAUCAGCUUGCGCCCCUCGUCUUCCUCGUCGUGUUCUUCCUUUUGGAAGCCUUCCUAGUCCUUCGAAUCUUGGGAGAGAGGAAACCUAUGAUGUACCUUGCCGCCGCCGCUCUACUCUUUGCGAUAGGCCAAAUCUUCCAAUAUGUCAUCAGCGUGCACAUAUGCAAUGGCUCAAAUGGAAAGAUCAACGGAGGACUCUUCGAGACUCUUUUCACACUACUUGCUGUAGUGACCAUCUGGCUCUUCUGGUCAAGCAUCACCGAAGAUGACUGGCCAAUGCCAGGUAUGUCUGGUUCGGGAUCGUACCAGUAAAACAAAAAAUGGGCGAGUAAUGUAAUGGGGUGAGAGGUCUAGUUGUAAUGUUUCAUGAAUCUU